AUGCGGAAAACGCUAGACAGGGCGCGCUCUGCGCUCAAGGUGUCGCUCAUACUCAACAUCGUGCUGGUGCUGUACAUCAUAUGGAAGAGCGGGAGCAGCGGCGCCCCAGGGCGCGCGGGCCCUAGUGCGCCUGGAGGGGCAGAGGCGAUGCGUGGAGCGGGCGUUCGGUUGCUCAACAACAGGUUGAUGGCUGACGUCGAGGUCCUCGAGCUCACACCCGAGGGCAAGCUCCCCAUCCCGGCCGGCAUCAAGCGCGUCGUCAUCGAGGUCGGCUCGAACGUACGCAACACCAUGGACCAAGAGUACCUCCCGUACGACCCCGAGGCGUUCGCAAUCAUCCUCGAGCCUCUCAUGGACAAGUACGCGCACCUGCUCAAUCGGAUCGGCGUCCACCACGACAUUUUCGCUCCUCUGGGUUUCAUGCACCCGCGGGCCGUGAUUCUGCCGGUAGCGGCGCAGCCCGGGCCGCCCGAGGCGCAGCAGGGCCAGGGGUUCGGGUCGUCCGCGGACUUCACCGUGUCGCAGGUCGACGGGUGCAGCAGUCUCGCCAAGCCCGAUGCCGAGGGCAUGUCGGCGCUGGGGUGGUCCGGGUGCGAAGAGGUCAAGCAGCACCGGACCGUCCCGACGCUGCCGCUGCACACCAUCAUGAGCUGGUUCGACCUUCCCAUCGACAACCUCAAGGUGGACGCGCAGGGGCUGGACCUCGAGGUCAUCAUGAGCGCGGGCGAGCACCUCGACCGCGUCCGCACGGUCACGGCCGAGGUCAUCCGCGACCAGGGCCCCUUUUUCUAUGAGGGCCAAAAGAGCUGCUCCGACAUGGUGCGGUACAUGGAGUCGCGCGGGUUCCGCAUGUCGGUCGGGGCGAUCAAGGACGGGAUGCCGGACGCGGUGUGCUGCUACGAGUCGGACGAGGACGCGUUCCCGUUCGCGGACAUGUGCAAGGAGGGCAAGCGCGAGGAGCUGUGCGACAAGCACCGGGACAUCGCGAAGACGGACCCCGUGGCGGCGUGCACGGACUCGUACUGGAUCGAGACGGACAUCCACUUCAUCCGGAAGGAGCGGAGCUUCGAGACGGGGUGA